AGCAGAGCAACAAGCGUAGCAAUACCGCAAGGCUAUGACAUGACUAUGAGGAAUUUAGACUCGUCACUAGGAAUGAUCAAUUUGUUUGUUUUUUGACACUGGCAUUCACUGUAAUAUAAUUCAAAAAAUUAAAUGUGAAGGUUUGGACUGGAGUUUGCAAACUAUAACCGGGUCGGUGGCAGCUCAGCAUGACGUCAGAGGCGCUGGUGUGCUGGACAGUUCUCAGAAUAUAAUUCUUGGAAUUGGCGAAUUUUAAAAGCCAAACCCACAGACUUUCCUUCACACGCUUAGAACCCAUUCUAGUGGCAACACUCAUCGCACUGCUGCUCUGUAUUCUAUUUGUCUAAAUUAUACAUUUAUUAUAUUGCUUUUGAAUUAGUUAAUUACAGACCGUCUAUUAACAUAUGGGAUAUUCGGACACAAGUUCUCUAUUCACUGAACAGAUGCGUGGGACAUUCAGAACAAAAUAAACACAUUCCUUUGUUUCGACCGGCUUUAUUUUCGUAAAACCGCUAUGGAAUUAGACUAGUAUGGGAUAUUGAAGACUCACCAUCAUGAUUCUUUGUGUUCAGAGGCACAAGUGCAAACUUCGGAGUAGGCCAUUCAAAGAGAUACAAAGAGGUGCCUUCUGAUGUCAUCGGCCUUUCUCCCCACUCCCACUUGUGCCAUGUCAGAGGACACCUGGACCGCCUAUUGAGAUCUGUAUUUUGUUAAGUAAAGUAGGUAAUAAAUUAGCUGAAAAGGAGACUCGACUAAAACUCCUCCCCAGAUAAAAGUUUGCCACUGGAGAGAAUGCUCAAGCCCUAGACCACUGCUGUCUGGUACACCCACAGAGGGCCACCUAGGAAUGAGGACAGGGAGCGUCUCCUCCCCUCACUGCAUUCACAGCACCUCUCCGCAGUGGGACCCCACUAAAGACCUGCGCACCAUCACCAACAACACAUUCUACCUUGAUACCUCAGGCUGGUACUGGGGAGCCAUCACAGCAGGUCAGGCCCAUGAAGCUCUGCAGGCAGCGUCAGAAGGGGCCUUUCUGAUUCGAGACAGCAGCCAUCCCCUGUACAUGCUGACCCUGUCUGUUAGGACUGCCCGUGGCCCCACCAGUAUACGCAUCCAGUACAGUGGAGCCCGGUUUCUGCUAGACUCCAGCUCGCCAGCCCGACCCAGCCUUCUGUCCUUCCCUGAUGUGCCGAGCAUGGUGCAGUACUAUGUGGGACCAGGGAGGAAGGUGCAGCAGGGGAAGGUGGAGGAAACUCAUGGUGGCAAGCCUGCCCAGAGGACAGUUCAGGAGAGCACAGUACUGCUGAAGCUCAAGCGGGCCCUGCACAAGCCCCAGGCCUUCCCCUCCCUACAGCACCUUGCACGCCUCACCAUCAACUGCAGCACAGACUGUCCUGACCAACUGCCUCUGCCACGCCCACUGGUGCGCUUCCUGCAAGACUACCCGUUCCAGGUAUGAGGGUCCUGUGAUCUGCACCCCUGUGGAGGGCAGAGCUGAAUUAAACAAAACCGUUCAAAUAAAUCUCGAGGAGCGCUGUCAGAAAUUGGUCCCUGUCAGCUGGAAACCUCAUCACUGCACUGGUCAGUAAUAAUGCCACAUCGGACACAUGGUUGGUCAUGAGACCAUGUCUGGGAAAGAACCUUUCAGAAAAUGGUGUCUCGUUAUUGUAUUUCUCAGAGGGGGAAGUGGAGUUCUGCGAACUCCGCCGCAUGAGGUUCACUGGAAAACAAAACGUGGUGCGAACUGUAGUGUAGCCCCGUGCUAUGAGGGAUAUGCUCCCCACCCUCUUGCUGUGGCAGUGAAUUGUUUUCCAGUGAGAUGCAUUUUCAAUGUUUUAUUUUGGACAUUUUUUACCCCCCCGACUCUGUACAUAUCCCUUUUUCUAUAAAAAAUAAUCUUCAACAUGA